AGCAGCGCAUCGCCGCCGCAUCUGAGCAUCACAGUCAAGUCAUCAUGUCUUACGGAAUGAUGGACAGCAGUCACUCGCAGUCACAGCCGAGAGAUUUCAACAACCUCACGCAGACAUGCAGCUCAAACAUCCAGAAAAUCACUCAAAACACUGGCCAAAUCAAGAGCAUGCUGUUCCAACUUGGUACGAGACCAGACACACCUGAACUUCAGGACAGACUCCAGCAAGUGCAGCACUACACAAACCAGUUAGCAAAAGAGACCAAUAGGCAUCUGAAAGACCUGGGCACUUUACCACAGCCACAAUCCCCUUCAGAACAACGUCAGCAGCGGAUUCAGAAAGACCGGCUGAUGAAUGACUUCUCAGCUGCUCUCAACAACUUCCAAGUGGUCCAACGGCGAGCUGCGGAGAGGGAGCGGGAAUCAGUUGCGAGGGCACGAGCUGGAUCCAGAUUCCAGGUGGAUGAGCUCAAUCAAGAUGAACAGCUUGUGACAUUUGAAAAGAAUGAAGGCUGGAGAAUGCAGACAGAAGAGGAGCCUGUCACAGAAGAGGACCUUGAGCUUAUUAAAGAAAGAGAGACCAAUAUCCGUCAGCUGGAGUCAGACAUUAUGGAUGUGAAUCAAAUCUUCAAGGACCUUGCUGUAAUGAUCCAUGACCAGGGUGACAUGAUAGAUAGCAUUGAAGCCAAUGUGGAGAGUGCAGAGGUGCAUGUGGAACGAGGGGCCGAACAGCUCCAGCAUGCAGCAUAUUAUCAGAGAAAAUCCCGCAAGAGGAUGUGCAUUCUGGCUCUUGUCCUGUCGCUAGUGGCCACCAUCUUUGCCAUCAUUAUUUGGCAAGCAAUCAGAUAAGAUGAGAGCAGAAUCUGACCAACGCUGAGGAUCCAACUGCAGUGUGAGUGAAUGACGUUUAUGUGUGUGUUUAUUGUGUGUGUGCAUGUGCAGGCACAUAUUUAAGACAAAUGAACUUGAAUUUCUGUAGGAAUGGCUCAUAAAAUCUUUUUGACCAAUAUCAUCUCUUCUUAUCUGUGCCAUUUCUUAAGCUGCUUGAUUGCACUUUAUUUUAAAAUAUUAGAAGGGUACUCACUAGGGUUGGGCCGAUAGACGAUGCCAUCAUCCAUCGCCGAUGGUCGAUAGACAACAUGAUGCUGAGCCGGCAUCGUCGAUUUUCCGCCCCGCCCCUGUCACAACUCAGGCCCGCACACUCAGGCCCCGUUUACACUGAUACGUCUUAGUUUUAUAAAUGGCAAUUUAGAACGAAAAUGAUCCACAUACACACUGUUUUACCUGGCAUUUCUGAACAGCCCUCCAUUUACUGAAAACGCACACCACGUGACCACACACACUGUCAUGCACUCGUCUGAGCUCCAAAGAGCAGUGCAAGUCAGACAGUUUAUCAAGGAUGUACCGCUGGAUCGCGUCUCACUUUAGAUGUUAAACGUGUUAUUUAAUUCAUCUUGUCUCUAUCCAGGGCUUUACAUUAACACCCGCCAACCCGACAAAUGCAAGUAAGACAGACACUCCCGCUAGCCACUUUGGCUGGUUGAAAAUAAUUUUCCCAGAUAAUAAUUCUUAAGGGCAAGGUUCGACAAUAAGGAUGGUCCAAUAUGCAUGCAAAGGCGAUCUUAGAAUUGAGAAGCAACACAACUGACAAACAUAAUUGAGUUCGCAACUUCGUGCGAGCAAACAGCUGUUUAUAAC